ACGGUCCCUGAUGGUGCGUCGGUUCAUACCCAAAGAAUAUCGAUUACCUAAACCAACUUUACACCUCCCCCUUCCGCACAGAAAUAUAUGAUGCCAUAAAGUACAACUGAAAGAAACGAUUCACCAGGCUUCGAGACCACAUACCAAACUAAGUCUGUUGUCGUUGUGAAUGAAAUCGAAGAUAAAUCGGAUUAUAUCCCUUGUUUGUUCCCGCAGGAAUCGUGUCUGCAGGAAGCUUAUUCACAUGACUAGAUCUCAUCUUGAAGAAUCUUGAACAGCAGUCACAUUGUCUCUUCUAUAAAAUCCCCUAAAAUUUAAAGCAUGAAAACAUCAGACUAUGCAACCAGUUUCUGCACUGGGCAGCAUAGUACUGAAAUGCAAGAAAAUGUAUAUUUUGUACUCACAUUAACUGACUAAACUCCUCUGCAUAUUUGAGAUUUAUGUGACCAUGUUCACUUUAAGAAAUAUUGUUAUUAUAACUAUUAUUGUCCCUCUUAACUAUGAAGUUUGUUUAUGUGGAUGUGGCCAUGCUGAAUACAAGAAAGACAUACAAUGCUGUCCCAUGUGUGCACCUGGAAAUCGUGUUUAUUGGCACUGCACAGAUGAUACCAGUACAACUUGUGUUCCAUGCCAGGAGUACACUUUCAUUGAUAAACCCAGUGGCCUUACAAAAUGCUUUCCCUGCACUGUGUGUGAUACAGGCCAAGGCUUAAGAGUCGAUAAAGCAUGCACUCGGUCUUCAGAUACUGUUUGUGGACCACUGGAGGGAUUUUACUGCAUUGCCAAAAGUAAAGGCAGCUGCAAUUUUGCUGUGGAACACUCUAAAUGCAGCCCUGGACAAUACAUCAAACAAACAGGUUCUGGCUCCACAGAUACCGUGUGUGCAAACUGUACAGGGGACAAAUAUUCAAAUGGAUCUUUCUCAUCCUGCUUACCGCACACAAAAUGUGAGGACAUGGGGCUUACUGAAAUAAACCCAGGAACAUAUUCAUCUGAUGCUGAAUGUGGAAAACCUUCUGUUGCUCCAACAAUCAUCACUGCAUGCAUCAUAGGAACUGUAAUAUUUGCAUUAAGUGUUUUAAUAUAUAUUUUGAAGAAACAAUCUGCAAGAUCACGUCAAACAGGGAUACAGGAAUCAAGAAAGGAAUCCCAUGAAAAAGGCAGUUCAACAGAAUGCAACUUCUAACUCAGCUUUGUCAAGAGGAGACAUGACAAUAGUGCAGAAGUUGAUGAGGAGAUCUAAGGGAUUUAUUUUAAUUAUUUCAGCCAACCACAUUAAGCAGAUGAACUAACUGAGAUUUACUGCUCUCACCUCCUCUUUUACACCCCCAACCCCACAUGCUUGGACCUUCAAGGCUUAGAAGCAUCAGUUGAUAAAGCUUCCAGAAUGCCAGAGUAACAACAACUAAUAAUGCAGCAUUUCUUUUAAUGUGGUGACAAUAAUAAAAGGUUAAAGAAGUCUGACGGUGAAACGUUUCACUCCAUCUCUAGAAUGGACUGAAUAAACUCCCUUGAAUUUUAUAAGAACAUGUUCAAGUCAAGGAUAAUUUUAAUUAUUGCUGCUAUUGUCACUCUGAACUUUGAACUGUGUAUUAGUGGAUGUGCUUAUGUGGAAUAUGAGAUAAAUGGACGAUGCUGCCCCAUCUGCGCACCUGGUACAGUAAAUUUUUAAGUGUAUAAUGGGUUCUACCAGAGAAGUUAUGGAAUUAGAGUCAAUAAAACUUUUUUUUAAAGUUUUUAACCGUGAGUAUAAAAAAGUUAUGAUUUCAAAUCAUGAGGCAAUUAAGAUUUCCAAUGUAUCCUACAUUUCGUUUUAUAAGUAAAUUAUAACAAAAUGUACUCCUUUAGACUAGUUGACUAACUGUUAUCUGAAAAUAUACUCUGUUUUAAGCCAAAGCA